UCGCACCAGGAGCGGCUUCGCGCGGGUGUCUGCGUCUCUCUGUUAUGACCACGAAACGUAAAGGGGCGAGUUUUAGCCAGAGUUCCAUGCACCGAGCCGUAGCCGCCACCAACACACCUACAUCGUCCUUAUUCUUCACAAUAUCCCUGCGCCUGGUGUCGCGAUGCGCGGCGCGAACUUCGCCCGCCUGUGCGCCGCGGUGCUCCUGCUGCUGCUGCUGACCGGCGACGCUCCGGUCCGGGGAUAUUUCGCGGAGGAGCGCUGGAGCCCCGAGUCUCCGCUUCUGGCCCCGCGGGUGCUGCUCGCCCUCAUCUGCAGGAACUCGGAGCACUCGCUGCCCUACUUCCUCGGCACCGUCGAGCGCCUCAACUAUCCCAAGGACCGAAUGGCGCUGUGGGUAGCAACUGAUCAUAACGAGGACAACACCACAGUCAUCCUGCGUGACUGGCUCGUCAAGGUGCAGAACCUUUACCAUAAUGUGGAAUGGAGGCCAAAAGAGGUGCCCAGCCGUUACGCAGAUGACAGCGGUCCAAAACAGUGGACAGACCUCCGCUAUGAGCAUGUUAUGAAGCUUCGGCAAGUAGCACUGGAGUCAGCUCGUGAGAUGUGGGCGGACUACUUUAUGUUGGCGGACUGUGAUAACCUCCUCACCAAUCCAGAUGUGCUCUGGAAGCUCAUGAAUGAAAAUAAGACUAUCAUCGCGCCAAUGCUUGAGUCCCGUGCAGCCUAUUCAAACUUCUGGUGUGGAAUGACUUCGCAGGGUUACUAUAAGCGCACCCCUGCCUACAUGCCCAUGAGGAAGCAGGUGCGUAAGGGCUGUUUUGCUGUACCUAUGGUCCACUCCACCUUCCUGAUAGACCUCAGGAAAGAGGCCACCAGGCAGCUGGCCUUUCACCCACCACACCCAGAAUACAGCUGGUCAUUUGAUGAUAUCAUUGUGUUUGCCUAUUCUGCUCGGAUGGCAGAUGUUCAAAUGUUUGUAUGUAACAAAGAGAGCUAUGGAUACUUCCCUGUGCCCCUUCGGUCCCAUAAUACUUUGAAAGACGAAGUUGACAGCUUCUUGCACUCCCUACUGGAGGUUAAUGUGAGAAAUUCCCCAGUGAAGCCUUCCAAAUACAUACCUGUUCCUAGAAAACAGCCUGACAAACUGGGAUUUGAUGAGGUGUUCAUGAUAAACCUACAGAGGCGGACUGACCGCCGAGACCGAAUGCUGAGGUCGUUGUACGAGCAGGGGAUUGCUUGUAAGGUCAUUGCAGCUGUAGAUGGAAAGGCGAUGAAUAUCAGUGAAAUUCAUACUAUGGGCAUCCAUAUGCUCCCUGGAUACAGUGACCCCUAUCACGGUCGCCCACUGACAAAAGGAGAGCUAGGAUGCUUCCUUUCCCACUAUAAAAUCUGGAAAGAGGUUGUGGAGCGACGCCUUCCCACCUCUCUGGUGAUUGAAGACGACCUGCGCUUUGAGGUCUUCUUCAAACGUCGCUUAAUGAACUUGAUGAGUGAAGUGCGGGAUGAAGGACUGGACUGGGAUCUCAUUUAUAUCGGUCGGAAGAGAAUGCAAGUGGAUCAUCCAGAGAAAGCAGUGCCCAAUAUACACAACUUAGUGGAAGCAGACUACUCAUAUUGGACAUUAGGUUAUAUGAUAUCAUUACAAGGUGCUGAGAAGCUUUUGAAAGCAGAACCUCUAAAGAGGAUUUUGCCAGUGGAUGAGUUUCUUCCUAUCAUGUUCAAUAAACACCCUGUAUCUGACUAUAUGGAACAGUUUGAAACCAGGGACCUGAAGGCAUUUUCCGCAGAGCCUCUUCUAGUGUAUCCAACACACUACACGGGCGACCCAGGCUACAUCAGUGACACUGAGACCUCCACAGUGUGGGACAACGAUAAGGUCCGUACAGACUGGGACAGAGCACGCUCAGGGAAAACUGGGGAGCAAGCUGAGAUCAGCUCUGAGGCCCAGAACUCGGAUGUGCUACAGUCUCCUUUGGACAGUACAGCACGGGACGAGCUAUGAGAGGAACUGAAUGACACCCUUGGAAAAAUGCAUUCAUUUUUUAAACAUUUUUCAUCUUUGAUACUUUUGAUUUUGCAUCACAGCAGGGAUGUGACAUCAGAGUUUGUAAAAAGAUUUAAUUUAUCCAGAUGUGACAAGUUAACGAUGGAUGUUGUCCGUUGGUAGGUUUUUUUUAGUUUUCUUUAUUAAGGCACUAGACUUGCCAUUUGGAGUGGCAUUUGCAGUACCCAGCUUCUGUCUGUCAUACAGAAAUUAAACUAUAUAUUAGCAAAUAAUGUAAUUGGACUGUUACAUUUCAGUCAAUGGGCAGUUAACUUUGACCCUAAUUUGACAUUAUACUGUGAAAUGCAUUUACAAAUUAAAUAGGCAUUAACCAUACUGUGUGUCACUGAGCAAAGAUUCAUGGAAGCGUUCAUGUCUACAAUCAACCAGUAUAAUUCUAAAUUCAUUGGUUUAUGCUGUCAAAAGUCCAAGAUAAGAAACGUCUGCAUGUCUUUUUUUUCAUGUUUAGUAUUUUCUCUUUACAGUAUACAUUUUAUAUUGCUGUGUUUUGUCAUUAGCAAACACUCUAGAUGUGUACAUCAGAUCUUUACCAAAGCAAUGAAACACACAAGCAACGCUUGCUGUCAACUCAGAAGCAACUUCUGAAUAGAUUAACAGAACUACUUCUAACUAUAUGCCAAUGCAAGUCAUUGUGCCUGUGUCAACAAUUUUUAGAUCAUUUCCAGACUUAUGUCAUCAACUAGCUGUUGACAUAUCGGUGGAACGAACCACUGUGCACUUUUCCGACUUGAUGGUUUAUGGUUCCCUCAGAAAGAACCCACCCAACCACAUCCUAACACACGUCAGCUUUUCCACGUCUUUAUCACUCUCUUUUAAAUCUUUCUUUUACAUACUGCCUUGCAUGGCUACACUAGAUAUUUCUGUAAGGUAUUUACGGGAGAUGUCCACCCAAUGAUUUAGCACCGAAAUGUUAGUGGCACUCCUAUCAAAAAUAAAAUGUUCUAUUUUUAAAAGAAAA